CAGUUUCAGUUCAGUUCAGUGAGAAUCGUUGGCUUGUGGAUAUGUGGGGAACAAGUUAGAACAGGCCAUGUUUAGAUUUAGACAAAGGUUCGCGCAUUGUACUGCUAAUGUUCAGCUGUAUUUUGUUUAUAUUGUGCAUUUGUGUUAGAACUAGGCGCUUAUUAAUAGGAAAGUGAUGAAUGUGAUAUAGUGUAGUGUUAGACAAUGUUUGGUGCUAUUGGGAAUAUUGCUUUUUUCAUCCUUCUGGUACCAUACAUCGAAAGUGCAAACCGUCUGAACGAGUACAUAGCGCACUACGAGGCAGCGUCGUACGCACGCGCAGACGUGGUACGGGCGCACCAGCGAGCCAAGCGCAGCGUGACACGUGACCCGUCGCUGCAUCUGCGAUUCGAGGCGCACGGCCGUGCGUUCAACAUCCGCCUCAAGCGCGACCUCACCGUAUUCAGUGACGCGCUCUCGGUGGUCGACUCAAGGGAGACGCAUCUGCCUGUCGACACGUCGCAUGUCUAUCAUGGCCACUUGUUGGGUGAACCAGGCAGCGUGGUGUUCGGGUCCAUCUUGGACGGAGUGUUCGAGGGCAAGAUAAUAUCGCCGGAGGGAGGGGGGGCCUACUACGUGGAGAAGGCCUCCCGCUACUUUCCCCCCCACCACACCAACGAUUCCUUUCACUCCAUCAUUUACAUGGAUAAGGAUGUGCAGGAUCCCUACGCCGGUAUCAGGCAUGGCCAUGGUAGCGGCUGCGGCAUCACAGACUCAGUCUCACAGUGGAUGGAUAAAAUACAAAAUUCGGCCGUAGAAGAAGAACUAGAAGAAGAAGACGACGAUAAUAAAUUAAACAAAAAUAGUAAUAAAAUUAAUAGCAACACGAACACUAGUGAUAGUAGUAGACAUAGUAAUUUAGGCGAAGACGAAGACGACAAACUAAUAUUAAGUAGAAAAACAAAGAGCAAGUUACCAAAGAAAGUGGUGAAUGGAGGAGGUGGGAAGAAGGAGAAAGAGAGGAAGAAGGCAGGAGGUGAUGGAGGAGAUUGGAGGAGGAAUGAGAGAGAGACACCGUUCGACAAGUACAGCAGAGAGGCUAAUACGAGGCCGUACUACGAGGACGGGUAUGCCAGUCGCAGUAAGAGGGCUGCCCGGCCCAAGGAGGACAAUCGCAAUACCUGCUCGCUCUUCAUACAGACUGAUCCACUCAUAUGGCGACAUAUCAGCGCGCAGGUCAACGACGACCCAGAGAAGACACGCGAGGAGAUUUUGUCGCUGAUUGCGCACCACGUGACAGCCGUCAACUACAUCUACCGCGAUACCAAGUUUGACGGACGCAUCGAGCAUCGCAAUAUCAAGUUCGAGGUGCAGCGAAUCAAAAUCGAUGACGAAACAGCGUGUCAGGGCGGGGGAGGGGACUCACCGAGUCCGUUCUGCUUCGAGAACAUCGAUGUCAGUAAUUUCCUGAACCUGCACUCGCUGGGCAACCACGAGGCCUUCUGUCUGGCCUAUGUGUUCACCUAUCGCGACUUCACCGGGGGCACGCUGGGGCUUGCCUGGGUCGCUUCUGCCUCUGGUGCUUCGGGUGGCAUCUGCGAGAAAUUCAAGACGUACACAGAGACGAUAGGUGGCCUGUACCAGAGCACCAAGCGCAGUCUGAACACGGGCAUCAUCACGUUUGUCAACUACAACAGUCGAGUGCCGCCCAAGGUCUCCCAGCUCACGCUCGCCCAUGAGAUCGGACAUAAUUUCGGCUCACCUCACGAUUACCCUUUGGCUUGUCGACCGGGCGGCACGCCAGGCAACUACAUAAUGUUCGCGUCGGCGACCAGCGGAGACAGACCCAACAACAGCAAGUUCUCCAGCUGCAGCAUCGGCAACAUCAGCAAUGUCCUAGACGCCAUCGAGGACAACAAGAAGAGGAACUGCUUCAAAUCAUCGGAAGGUGCAUUCUGCGGCAAUAAGAUAGUUGAGGCGGGAGAGGAGUGUGACUGUGGCUAUGACGACGACGAGUGCCUGGACGAGUGCUGCUAUCCUCGCGUCAUCAGCGAGCAGGAGCACAUGAAGAACCAGUCUGCCAGGGGAUGCCACAGACGUGCUAACACGCAAUGCAGCCCGAGCCAAGGGCCGUGCUGUGCGAACAACUGUCGCUUCAUCGCCGACUACCAUCAGAUGCGCUGCAAGUCAGAGUCGGAGUGCAGCUGGAGCAGCAUGUGUGACGGCCGCAGCUCAGAGUGUCCUGCGCCUGCGCCCAAGGCCAACAAGACGCGCUGCAAUGAGGGCACUCAGCUAUGCAUAAACGGUGACUGCACGGGUUCGAUUUGCCUGGAGUGGGGUCUGCCCGAGGGAGGCAUUUCGCUCCGGCCUGGAUCGCCCUGCGAUAAUUUCCAGGGCUACUGCGAUGUGUUCUUCAAAUGCCGGGCGGUGGACGCUGAGGGUCCACUGGCACGACUGAAGAACACACUGUUCAACAAGGAGACCCUGCUGACCGUCACCCAGUGGGUCACCGAGUACUGGUGGGCAUGUCUGCUCAUGGGCAUCGCUUUCAUCAUUGUCAUGGGCAUUUUCAUCAAGUGCUGUGCCGUGCACACGCCCUCUUCCAAUCCUAAGAAGCCGCCUGCCAGAAGGUUUUCGGAGACGCUUCGCCACCCGAUGCACACCCUUCGUCGCAUGCGGUCGAGUGGAGGGGGUGGUGGAGGCGGUGGUGGGGGUAGGAUGCCCAUGGGAGGGGGGUCCACUAGACCUGGGCCCAGUCGGCCCGGCCCCGCCCAUGGGUAUGGCGAGGGGCGGGGACAGUACUAUGUGCCCAAAGCGACUGCUCCGCCUGCCAAUAGACCAGACCUGUACGCAGGUGCCUACACUGACAGAAAUGCAUUCCACAUGAGGCAACACAAAGUCUGACAUGGUGAACCAUAGCGUAUAGCGAUCUGUGAAUAAUCGUGCAGCCCACUCGUCAUGUCUGCAGUGCAGUGCAGUGCUUUCCCUCUCCAACUAAAAUUGACAUAAUUUGCUUUGAACUGGUAGCAAUUUUCGACCCGACUUAUUAAGAUUUUCGGACGUGUCACAAAAUUAGACAUUUCGUUACAUGACAGUGAAAGACCGUGAAAAAUCUACAAAUUGCGCUUGAAUGAACAAAAUAGUGCUGUAAAAUGACAAAAUCGCCACAAAUUGUGCUCUCAAAAAAAUUUACAAAGUGAGAAUCUGUCGAACAAAAUUAGUCUAUUAAAUUGUGAAGCAUGGACCUGCCAAUAUUAGGUUAUUUUCUAUUAUGGUUUAAUUUUUAAGUGAUGUAUUUAUUAUUCUCGUUUAAGCGAUUCGUUACUAUUAUAAUUAUCAUAUUACUUCAAGAACCUUCACUAUUCAGAACUUUUCAGGUGAUCUGGGUUUCAUCUUUCACUUUUUUUAUUAGAAAGUUAUAAUUCCAAGCUUUCUCUUCUUAUUUUUCGUUAUUCAUCAUUGCUUUUUUGUGGAUGUUUUCAUCAUUUGUGUUCCAAACGAAUGUGAUGUAUUAAUUAGUCUUCAUUUUAUGCAGUUUUAUUGUGUAUAUUGUCAUCAUUGUGAUACUGUUAUAACCAAGGUAACUGUAGUGGACACUUUGUCUUUAUUACUAAACACGAUCAUUGUGAGAUUGAACUCUUCUCAUACUUGUGUACUAUUCCUCUCUAUAAAAUCUUUUGAACUUUUUUAUUUUAACUUGAGGUGGUGUGGUUGAAAAAUUGUAGGCCAAUGAAAUUAUUUGUCCAAUUUUCUAAAUGUUGAUUAUUAUUACAAACAUGUAAAGAAGUUCUUGAAAUAUUCAAAAGUUAUAAGUUACAGAUUUUCUAAAGUGUAUUUUGUACGGUUUUCCAUAGAUUUUCUAGUUAAUAAGCAUCACAUGAACCAAUACAUCAUACAAUAAUUAUGAUAAUACUCUUCAACAUUUCUUAUAAUUAUGUCAUGAAGUUUUAAGAUAAUUUUCAGCGAAGUCCUCGCUCUUUAUAGAUGGCGUUUAUAGAGAACUUAUCUCUCAUUUGCCUUGUGAAUUAUUAUUCAAACUGUACGUUACAAAAUGAUAUCAAGAUAAUUUUUAUCACAAUCAUACUACACAGCCAGUCAAAAGAAUGUGUUUUCUAGUCAUCUCUGUUCGCCUUAUUUUUUGUUACAAACAUACUUUGAUUUUCUGACUAUGAAAUAAUUUUGUAAAUAUUUUUCCAAAGUUUUUGGUAUUAUGAUUUGACAUUUUUACAGUGAACUCUUCAAGUACAGUAGACUAGUUGAAGAAAUUUUGAUUUUUCAGGAAAACUGAACAAUCGCAAACUAUUUUUACUCUCUUUUACAACACUUAUUUUCUGUUUUGAGAGCUCCUGGAAAAAAUGUCUAAACAAAAUCGUCUUUUAAAUCAUUCUCACACAUCUAUAUAUUUCUCUAAAAGUUCAACCUUUUUUUUGCCACUUUUAAAACAAUCAAACAAUACCUACAACUUUUAUCUGUGAUCAUCCUUAUUUGUGAAUCUUAUGUGUUAUUAUCAUAAUAUCAUUGUUUAAAUACAUAAUAAACAUUUUUAAUCAAUUGAGAUUAUAUGUUCUAGAAUUAUUACAAUUUAUCAAGGCUUUUAUCAAUUUCAUUAUAUUUUUUUAUCGAUGACAUAUUAUUUUUAUAGCAUUUUAAUUAUUCAGAUUAGUAUUUUUUGUUGAUCAGUGAAGGUUCUUGAAAUAUUAUUCAGGUUUUUUGGCCAGUGUUACCCAUUAGAUAGUGGUUCUCUUCUAUAUUCUGAUUAUUUGUGUGAUAUAGUAAGAAAUCACUUGAUCUGUGAUGAUUAGCACCGUUAUGAAUCCUAUUUUUCGCAUUGCUCCAAGUCUUUUAAAGCUCUCAACAUUUAUGAAGAAUAUCCAUUUUUACUUUUUCCAUUUUUUAUCCAAAUAUGGUCUAGUUUUUAAUCUAUUUCUCAGUAAAAUUCUUUGUGAUACUUGUUGAAUUUACUUGCCUUAGUUACACCAAUAUUCUCUCCUCCAUCUCGAUAAAAAUCUUAUGCUGUAAUUAUUUUUCAGAUUGAUUGAGAUUCAAAUGAAACAUCUUAUUUUAUACAUUAUAAAAUCACAAGCUGCACCUAUCUAUUCAUUAGUUUAUAACUUCCAAUUUGAUUUAUGUAUUCUUAAUAAUCUUAUAAUUUUCAAAAUUUUAGAAACCUAUUGAAUUCUUCCAAUUAACAUAAUUACCUCAUUUCAGGAUUAAGUUUUGCCAAUUUUUUGUUGGACAUUUUAUUCUCAAUUAGUUGCAUUGCAUUGUACAUAAUAAUUUUAUCAUCCUUUAUAUCAAUAUGUUGUAAUUAUAAAUUAUGUGUAUUAUGGUAACACUGGGCCAAACCUACUGAAUUAGUCAAAACAUUUCUAACUAUAUACAGUUAUACUAGAUUAUUAGAAAUUUUAUCAAUAAUUAUUUUAUUCAAUUUUUCUCUUUUAAUUUUUGCCAAAGAUAUUGAUGAUUGUGUCUUUGUUUUAUACUACUAUUAUCGAAUAUAAGUUAUUUGUGUUAAGUUUAAGACUUGUGUUUUUUAUUAUAAAAUGUACAUUUAGGUUUUAGAGCCUGUUCACAUGACAGCGAUUUACGUUCGGUUGUCACGCGGUUGACAAACCGAGCGAUUGCCAGGUAUAGGGAAACACAUGGUGCCGUACACAUGCAUCGCUCGGCUUUAGUAGUCGCCGGCGAAUCGCGGCGGUUGUAGUCUCAGACUACAACCGCUCGGUUGUCGGGCGGCUCGAUAUACUAGAGCAGGCAUGAGAGCUUACUCAUGUCUUCAGUCAACCGAGCGGUUUCGAUCAGAGCAGUAAUAUAUGUUUAAGAGUAAGUAAAUAGAUUAAGAUAUUAAGAUUGAGUACAUAGAUGUUGUACCUAGUAAUUAUUUAUCAUAACCGAGCGCAAAUCGCUCAUGAAUCGCUGGCAUGUGUACGAGGCUGGCAAACCGAGCGAUUUGCCAAUCGAGCGACAACCGAGAAUAAAUUACUGUCAUGUGAACAAGCUCUAAGUUACACUACUCUGCUUACCAUCCAAUCUUUAUGUUCAGUGCUCAUUAAAGUUGAUAACUUACUAAUAUUGAUUGUACGAUUCAUUAUAAGUUGGCAGUGCAUGAAAGAUUGUUGCUAUCGUAUACCGGUACGUUUCAUUUUGACCUUGCUACUGCCAAGUUAUUUUUGAAUAAAAAUUUGAUGAAAUUAUGAGAAAUUUAUAAACAUCCAUAAUUUUUAUUUUUAUUUUUUGUUGAACUCUGAAUUCUUUCUCACUAACGCCGUUUGAUAUACUUCUUUAGUAUGUAUUUUCACAUAAUUUAUCUGAGUCAACAAUAACAAAAUAUGAAAACCAAUACCGUACAAAAUUCUGAUUUGUCGUAAUGUAACAUUUUAGUUUUAUUUCUUGUAACUUGAAAAUUUGAAAUGCGAUUUUUUAAAGUGAAUUCCUUCAAUUAGUCCAUUCAAUAAUAGUAAAUAUUGAGUAUUGUUGAUUUUUUCAACUGAACGUCCACAAUAAUAGUUUGAGUUCAAGAUUAUGAUGUUGCAGAAAAUCUUCUAUGAAAUAAUUUCCAUUUGACUGUUAUCACAUAGGCUAUUGCAAAUAUGCUCAUUUGACCGUUAUCAAGUGUUAAUGUCAAUAUUCGACGUUCCAUGACCAUAAUAAACGAACAAUAAUUUCUCAGUACAGACUGGAGUAAUUGUAAAUGAUAAUGAUCAAAUUCAAUUCGGUUCAGUAAUUUAAUUACGUUAUUUCUUAUGGUAGAAUGUCAUUAUUAUUGUAUUAUAGUUAUACAAUUUGAAUAUUCAGUUAUUAUUACAUGAUUCAUACAGGUCAAUAAUUAUUCCUCUCAUAAUUGACUUCAUUGAUGUUAUAAAUAACAAUAACUAUAUUGAUGUUGUGUUCCCAUCACUUUUGUAUUAACUGAUUUCAUGGAAUUGUAUUGCAACCCAUGGCUUUGAAAUCACUAUAAUAUCAAUCGCAAUACUAUAUUCCAUAUUCAAUUAAUCAAUCAUUUUAUAAGUUUCUGUGAUUUAUCAUUCCAUCAAUAUGAUGAACUCUUUGGAAAAAAAUAUGAUUCAGGAUUAGCUCUGAUCUAUGAAGAAUUUAAACGAAAAUAAUGAACUAGCCCCGUUAUUAAACUAGAAAAAUUUCGGAUAAAUCUUAAGAAAAAUAUUAAGGGAACAAUUAUACAGUGAUAGAUGAAGAAAUCUUUUGUACAGAUAGAUUGUUUAGUAGAAACGAGAAAGCAAAUUCUAGUUUCAAAUUGAAUAUUUAAUUUAAAUCAAAAUAAAUUUUUGAAUUUUGUGAUGAGAAAGAGGAGCAUUGCUAAUAUAAAUGUCUGGAAAAGGUUUAAAAUAAAUUCGAUUGUGUAUAGUGAGGAAAUAAAUUGUAUUUUAGUCAUAAUUCUUUCAAGAUUUACCUCUCUUUUGGUUCGAAACCCACCUUGGAAUGGUUUAUAUUUAUCCCAUUAUGGUCAUCAUAAUCAUCUUCAAAAUUUUGGUUUUGGGUUCUUACAAACUCAAGAAUUCAACUUUUCGUCCAUUUAACAAAUUUAGGCUUCCUAAUUUAAAAGGCUUGACUUUGAGUUUCUAUAAUUUUAAGAUUUAUUUGAAAUUCAGAACCUAACAAAUCUUAUAUCCAGUUGAACAAUUAAAUAAUUGAGAUUCGUCUAGAUAUAAUCACUCGCUGGUGUUCUGGAACCCACAUAGAAUAAUCCAUUUAUCAUUCAAUUAAAGUUGAACCCUAUCCACAAAACUGAUACCGUACUGACAGUGUUCUUGACAAGAGUCUCUUUCAAUAUUAUCAUUCUGUGUUUUCUGUAAAUGAUGAUCCCUAAUCCUUCCUAGAUUUUCUUUUCUCUUAUUGUGAAAAGAAAUACCAUUGAUUCUCUCACAUAAGACAUUUUUUAUUCUAUCCUAUGUUCUCCUCAUGAAUUCUUCAAGGUUUUUGGUGAAUUAUGCCUGAACAAAUAAAUACUUUCUCCUGAAUAAACAAAUGAAGUUUAUGCUUGAUAUUUGUGGAUGAUUCCUAAUAAUAUAAAUAAACUAUAUUGGUGAUAUAUUAUAGUGUGGUGACAUAACCAAGUUUUGAGUGUCUGUGUAUAGUGUACCUCUGUUGAUUGAAACCAUAUCACAACUGUAAAAGAAUUAUUAUUAUUAUGGAAAAUACUGUUAUUGGCAUAUUUUAUGACGUUAUGUGUACAUAGUGUAUAUCUAUUUCUGCCAUGUAAUAAUUGAAAUGAUUUUACAUGAUCUCUCAGAUGUGGAUAAUUUACUGGAAGUUUAUGAUUUGUGCGAAGUAAUGUAUUAUAAAAAUGAAUAAAUUCUUGAUAAUGAAUUGUACGGUACUCUUACUAUUUAUUAAAAGAAAUGUCUUUCAUA